AUGACCAAAACACCUAAACACCACCACCGCAACUUCUCUCCCUUCUCCAUGUACUCUCCAAAAGCCUCCAUCCUCUUAUCCGCCUGCGCUGUCCUCUUCAUCCUCCUCCACAUCCAAUCCCGUGAAAUCCCGCCACCCUCACCCUCGCAGCCAUCUUGGUCUUUCACAAACCAAUGGCAAAAAAUUAUCAACACCGCGACCGCCACCGCUUGCUCGGUGGAGGAGCUUGAUGUCAUGGUGGACAAGCUCCGCCGAGCAGUGACGUUCCUCCCGCUCAAGGACCUCCGCUACGUGGACAAGGCUCUUGUAGGGCACACGUGGUUCAUGAGCUCCAUGUACGACGAUCACGAGCAAGGCGAGGUCCAAUACCAGCAGUUCCCGUCCGAAUCCUCCCACGGAAGGCUUCUCUGCCUCAAAGGCCGCGACGUCCACGAUGGUUCGUGGAACGCCUACAGCCUGGCAUGGCCAGAGGCCUUGCCCUACAACGCAACCCUAAUGAAGGGCCUCACAUUCGUCUCCUACAACCACUACAACUACGACAACAUCUGGCACGGCCUGUCCGCCUUCGUCCCUUUCGUCGCGUGGCACCGGAAGAACAAUUGCUCUGAUCUUCCCGACAGGUGGGUAUUGUACCACUGGGGUGAGCUGAGGCUGAAGAUGGGGUUUUGGCUGAAAGCAUUGAUGGAGGCCACCUUUGAUGGCCCCCCAGUGAUCGAAGGGUUCGAAGGGGUGAUAGGGGACGGCGAUCAGAAUCCGGUGUGCUUCGAGGAGGCGGUGGUGAUGCGGCACAAUGAGGGCGGUAUGUCGAGGGAGAGGAGGAUGGAGGUUUAUGAUCUUAUGAGGUGCAAAGCUAGGGUUUACUGUAAGGUGAGUAUGGAGGAGAGGACGGUGAAAGUGAAGGGAAAGGCUUUGCCUGAGAUAGGGAUGACGUUGUUUAUGAGGACCGGGCCGAGGUCGUUUCGCAACGAGUCCGCGGUGGUCGGAAUAUUUAAGAGGGAGUGUGCUAAGGUGGAGGGUUGCCGGUUGAGGGUGGCACAUUCCAAUAACCUAAGCUUCUGUGAACAG